AUGGCUACCCUCCCCGAGCCCUCCCAGGCCGCUCCCUCCUCAGCUUCCGACCUCCUCACGCGCUUCGACACAGUCCCCUUGUUCAUGCAGUCGCUCCCAAAAGAGCUGGGCGGGACAGCUGAGAUGCCCGAGUCGUUGGGGGAGGGGAAGGAGGGCGAGACGAAUCCGAACGAUACGUUGGCUGCGCUUCAGGCGCUGGCGUACGAUGGGGAUCCUUCCGAAAUCGCGGAGAAUUUCAGGACGCAAGGAAACGAACUCUUCAAGCGCCGCAAGUUCCGCGACGCGAUUGGGUUCUACACCCGCGCUCUGGACGAGGUAGGGAAGGAGUUGCCUGCUGAGGAGAGGCGAACGUUGAGGUCUAACCGAGCCGCGGCCAACUUGGAGCUUGGGAACUACGGCGCGUGUCUGAGGGACUGCUCGCUCGUCCUCUCCGAAUCACACGCUUCCUACCCGGACCCUCCCUCGCCCGCUUCGCACCGCACAAGCAUGAAAGCGCUCCUCCGCUCCGCCCGGGCCCUUUCAGCACUCGACAAGUUGCCCGAAGCGAUGGACGCGUUUGGGAGGUUGAGGAUGUUGGAGAAGGAGGUGGGGGAGGGGGAUAGUGGAGCUAAGUGGAGGGAGGAGACGGAACGGAAGGUUGAGAGGAAGGAGAGGAGGGAGAGGGAGGAACGCGAGAGGGAGAGGAGGAAGAUGGAAGAGAGGGCUGCUAUGGUGCUUGCUUUGACGCAACGAGGGGUCGUCUUCCCCCGCCCAACCGCGAAACAACCGCUCUUCUCGUCCUGCCCAACCGACGUCACUCCGCCCCACUUUGACCCAGAGGUCGUCCCACUCACCUCUCUCCCCUCCAUCCCUCUCCUCCCGCCCAGCCCCGACGACGCCUCUUACACGCCCUGGCAACCUCCUCCUCCUCACACGCCUCUGAUCUUCCCAACCUUCCUCCUCCUCCCUCUCGCUUCUCCUCCGACGCGUGAUCUGAUCAUGUCAUUCCCUGAAGACGCGACGUUCGGGGAUGCGUUGAGUUCGAUGGGCCACGACCCCUCCUCGACGCAACUCUACCUCUCGACUCGACUCGGCCGCGUCCUGAAAAUCGGGAGCAAGAUGACGCUGGGCAAGGUUCUACUAGGAGCAGGGAAGAGGAACGAGAAGGGUGAGAUCGAGGACGGGUGGGAGUUGAAGGAGGGAUGGGCGUUGGAGAUGGUUGGAGUUCCGAAGGGCGGCGAGGGGGACGAGUGGGUCAAGGGUUGGAAGGAGGAAGUCAAGAUGGGUGCGAAGGCGAUCUUGUGA